AUGCCCGGUGUUACCGAUCCCUCCGCGUCCGUCUACUCCCUCCCGCUGGUCCUCGCCUUUAUCUACGAGUUCUGGGUGCUCCGAGUGUCCAACAGCUUUGCCUGGCAUUGCCCGACCUCAUCCGUCCUCCUCCCCUUCUUCCAAGCCCAUCUCACCAAACAACCCGCCUCAGCGCACCUGGACGCCGGCGUCGGCACGGGCUUCUACCCCGCCCGCGGCCUAGCGUCGACCACAGACGUCCCAGGCUCGCUCACGCUGCUCGACCUCAAUCCGGACACGCUCGAGUCCGCCUCCCGCGCUGUCAAGUCUCGCGGCUACACUGGGGAGAUCCAGAAGAAGGCACAGAGCGUGUUCGACCCCGUCCCGGCUGAGAUGCGGGCCAAGUUUGCGUCCAUAUCACUGUUCUACUUGUUGCAUUGUCUACCAGGCGCGUUCCCGGAGAAGGCGACGCGGGUCGCGGAGGCGUUGGCUCCUGCACUAGCACCCGGACCGUCAAGCGUGCUCUACGGUGCGACUAUCCUCGGCAAGGGCGUCAGACACAACUGGCUAGGGAACUGGCUGAUGAAUGCGUAUAACAAGCGGUCCAUAUUCGGCAACGCUCGGGACAGCGCAGACGGCCUCCGGGAAGGUCUGCAAGUUGUCUUCCGCGAUGUAGAUGUUCAGGUUGUCGGUCGCGUCGCGCUUUUUGUUUGCAGAAAGCCAAGGGCAGAGUACACGGCAUGAGCUGCUGCGAGCCGUGGAAGGCGAUGAGAGCGAUAGAAUAAUCGAUGCCCGGGAACGCAGUCACGCCUCUGUCAAUACGAGGGAAACGAUUUCCCAUCUGUGGGUGACGAGUGGACAACGAGUUCGGCGAUCUAUCAACAACCGUCGCCGUCUCCCGAUUCGCGUGCGCAACGCUAGCGGUACAUGCAAGCCUAUCACGGGGAUUGAAUGUGGAAAAAGGCGACCCCCCGGAAGAUGCCGAGUGCAUCGCGGCAGCUGCGGCUUACGUCUUGCCUCGAAUUUCUCAGGCAACAUUGUUUAGUAUCGCAACCUUGGCAUGUAUCUUAACCCUUCUCCGAGCACAGCAAGUUUAUGUCGAUGCCUGUUCUUCCCGAAUGUCGCGAUCAGCGC